ACUACAUUGUCCUGAAUCCACCGCGCCGCACAGAUGAGGGCAGUGACCGAGGGCGUUCUGCCAGGACAAUCGAUCUUGUGCGCUGGAAGUUUGCCCUGGAGCGCGCGGGGGGGACACAUACACACGUUCCAGCUUCGUUAGAGGAAGCGCCCGGUCAAAUGCAACCCAUGAGUUUGCCUUCAAAACGCCAAGGCUGCCACUUGAAAUGGAUAGAGUCGGCGCUGCUGGUCAAGGCGAAGACGGCGAGGCCGUGGAGCGCAGUAACCCAUCCAGUCCCGGCGAAGUCCUACUGGAUGCAUUCUUGAAGAACCAGGGUCUUUAUCGAAAGAGAAUUGCCAAGGAUGGCUCUUGCCUUUUUAGAGCUGUUGCUGAACAGGUCUUCCAUACGCAAUCUGAACAUCUUGAAGUGCGAGGAGCUUGUGUUUCUUACCUGAGGAGGAACCAAGAACAAUUUGAAGCGUUCAUUGAAGGAUCAUUUGAUGAAUAUUUGAAGCAACUUGAGAAGCCACAGGAAUGGGUUGGACAAGUAGAAAUCAGUGCGCUUUCACUCAUGUACAAGCGGGAUUUUAUAAUUUACCAGGAACCAAAUAGACCUCCUGCCCGAGUUACUGAAAAUGGAUUUCCUGACACGAUCUCGUUAUGCUUUUCAAAUGGAAACCAUUAUGACAGUGUCUAUCCUCGGAAAUUUGUAGAUGCUGCAGCUCUUUGCCAAUCCAUUCUCUAUGAAAUGCUAUACCAGGAUGUACUAAAAACUGAUGUUGAGCCCGUGAUAUCAGCACUGGAUGCAAACGGCAAAACAAAUGAGCAUGUCCACUCCAGUGAAGAUUCUGAUUCUGGCGCCGAAAUGGAAUUGCAUCGGGGCAAAGCUGCCGAUGAGUGUGACAUGAGUGGAUUCAAGUCCCAGUCGUGUAAUAAAGUCAGAAAGAAGCAACGAGAGAAAAGUGAAAAUGCAGCUCAGAAUCCCUUUCCUGGCGAGGUCCUCCGAGCGUUCAACCCGAAUGUUUACAGAAAUAUUGAGUACGAAGUUUGGCAGAAAUCAAAGCAAGCGCAGCAGGAAAGGGAUUACUCUAUUGCUGCUGGCAUGCAGUACGUUGUUGGGGAUAAAUGCAAGGUCUGUUUGGAUAAUGGUAAAUACUACAAUGCACACAUUCAGGCAAUCAGCCCUGACAAUGGACCAGUUGACGUCUACAUAGAAGAACUAGGAGAAAAGUAGGUUCAACCAUAUUAAUUUAAAAGAUAAUUGUGCCUUCCAUGUUUUAGCCUUUAAAAAUAUUUGAUGAUUGUUUUACGUUUCGUGGUAGCAUUUUUCUAACAUGGUGCGAGCAUGAUGAUCCGUUUGACUUUCAUGAUGUGAGAGGGUGGAAUGUGUGAGCAGCUGCUAUCAAUAUGUAGGGCAACAGAAGUGUGUGUUCAAGGACUAAAGAUUUGCAAUUUUCCAACUGAUCCACAUGUACCUUGAAAUAAUUCUCCAGCCAAACUUGGAGAAGUGAUGUGAGCCAUGGAUUAAAAAUGCAAAGUGGAUGGGGGUGCAGUGAAGGUAUGUACUAGGUUGAGAGAAAAAUGCAAACACCAUGCAUACCAUUUGUACAGAUUCAGAUUCAAUUUUAAUUGUCAUUGUCAGUGUACAGUACAGAGACAACGAAAUGCAUUUAGCAUCUCCCUGGAAGAGCGACAUAGCAAA